AUGGCUGCGACCAAACCAUCCGAGCGUCUACUCAAGUAUCCCCCCAUGGAGCGACAGGACCUGAAUCAGUCCCAGCUGGGCAGUUUCAAGUUCGUGCCAGUGGACAGGAUACAAUCCAUCGAUGCCAUUGCCACGAAUUACCUGAGGCAGCAACUUGCAGAGAGCCUCUUUCGAGCAGAGUCAGCCAGACUCUCCGCAACCAAAGCAGCUUCUGGAGGGGUCGCCUCACCAAUUCAAACCACGUCUCCGCAGUCAGCUUCGACAGAUGCAGAUUUCUUCAACAAGCAUAUCAAACCCGACCUUGCUGAGUCCCGUCUGCGAUUAGGUCCUGCAGCACUUCGUUCUGCAGUUGAAGGUGCCGCUAAAAGUCCGACCAAGCAAGGUCAGCUCAUGGGAUCUAGACAAGAGACCUUCUCAGAGCAGGCAUUUCAGCAAAGAUAUCUUUCUGUGCAUGCUCAGGAUAUCAGCCACUCAGCACUUGAGAAUGCAAACAUGGAUCCAACUGCCGCCGCCUUUGUACCAACUACGACGCUAAACCAAUCCUUGGGUCUGGCUUUGGUAAACGAGCAGGAAGCCCACAAUGCGACGAGAGCGGCCCUGAGAAAGGAAGUCGAACGAGGCAUGCAACAGGAAGAGCAGAUCGUGCAGUACCAGCAACAAAUCUCACGUCUCACCGUCACCGUAAACAACUUGGGGGCAAUCAUCAAACAUAACCUCAGUAAACUCGGUGACGAAAAUGCCGCAAGAGACAAAGAUGUUGAUUCAGUCAAGGACAUGGAAGAGGCUGCUUUACAUGAGUUCUACGGCAGUAACCCGCACCUUGCAAAGAGUCCGGAAUCUCGCCAGGAGAAGCAUGAACACUUGGCUUGUUUGGACAGUAGACACCCAGCUGUCUCUGCGAACGGCAUGAUUGUGAAGGUCGACGAAACACAGCUUUACAACUUUGAGUUGUUGACCAGUCCUGACGACGGCGGAUCACCAAUAUCUGCUUUACGUCAAACCUUGCGAAAACAAUUCUCAAUUGCUGAAGAUCUCAAUGCCAAUCAAUCCAUCCUGGCUACACCAGCGGCUUCACGUACCAGCGUUAACAAGCUUGUCGACAUCUCUCCGGAGUCUGCUGAGAGUGAUAAAGAGGUGAUAGAGGAAAAAUAUAUAGCACAUGUCUCGGGAUGUAGCAACCAUGAGGAAGCCGGUGUCACCAAGCCCUCUAGUGCUGGUGCAGUGUUCAAGCCACGUCUCUUGCCGGCCGCGUUUGUCAAUAAAUACGGACGUAAACCUUCAACCAAAGAUCAAGGAGUCCUGAAAGACCAGUCAAACGGCUCCAACAAGAUGGAUUUGCCCAACCCUCACAGCCUUCGUAUUUCGGAUGAGGUGGAGGUGUUCUCACACAAAGGCGCGAUAAACAACAGCUGUGAAAGCAUAAGUCGGACAGCAUUAUAUGACAGUAACGGCGAGCAGUCGGACACUGCGGUGGCAACACUUGGUAGUACCCAGACAAACCACGGUCCUAACAGUGCCUGGAUCCAACUUCCUGGUGAUUUUUAUGGACAUCCAAACUGGUUGGUGACCAAGGAAAACCCGAUCUUCCACAGUGACGAGGAAAUGCGAGAGGCCGUUGGCGAUUCUGGCAUCGUCUGGAUCAACAACAGUCCGUUCACCACCCACCCCGUGCGCUACCUGCCCGAAGAUGCGGCCAGCAAUCACAACGCAUAUCGUACGGUUAUGAUCGAUAACAUUCCCGUUGGAAGCACCCCGAAGGAUGUCCUCGCUCACACUCGCGGUGGUGCCUUACAAUCACUACAGCUCCUUCCACCUAUUGGAGGGGCUACUUCUUUCAUGACUGCUCGUGUGGUGUUCCUUUUUGAGACGGCAGCCGAUGAAAUGAGAGAGCGUCAUCAGAAAGCACCUUUCCACGUCAAUGGUGCUCAGGUUCGCGUGUGGAAGCCAAUCGAUCCGACGUACCCACUCAACGUAGAAGUGGAAGACGCUAUUUGGGGCGAAGAGGAGGCCAGCCGGAUUCUCUUGAUCGGUGCUAUCAACGAUUAUCUUUUCGAGCUACUUCCCGGAAAGUUGGCUCGCCUGGAUCUCGAUCGCCCGGUGAUUGAGUACAGUUGGACCUGGGAUGGCUAUGCCGCCAUCGAGUUUGCGGAUAUCAAGAGCGCCUUUCGUGCCAUGAGGGAAUUAAAGAAGGACGGCGAUUUCUACGGUGCAGACUUCCGAUACGACCGCGACUACACAUCUUCAAAGUACGAGUCUCUGCAGCCGAGCAAGGAGUAG